AACCAGCGACACGGCCGACCAGUGCGGUGCCGACUCUUGCUGCCGCGGUUUCAGAUUCCUCGCGGUUGUGCGUGGACGCGUGUUUACGCGACGAGAGAGAGUUUAAACCGAGAUUCGCAAGAGUGAGGAAGAGAUAAGGAGAGGGAGACACAGCGAUAACCCAGCGGAGACAGUGCCAGAUAGCCAAGGGGGGGCGGAAGACGAGGACCGAAACACAAAGGAAAAGAGUGACGGGGGAGGAAGCACGGCUCGCGGUCGCGACGUUUUAUCGCCGGAGAGCCGCGUGAAAUUUUAGGAGCGGCACGCUGUCGCGUUAUCGGAGUUACAUAGCCCUGAGCAGCCAAGGCGACGAUCCCACCGCCGUAUAGAGAGACAGACGGAGAGAAAAUAUCGCGCCGCCUUCGUCUUCGGGGGCGUGGGUGCCGUUGAAACGCUCGAGCACACGUCGCGCGAGCGAACACGACUCGUUUGGAAAAAGACCGACGGGAAAGGGCCGCGAAGCCGCGGAGGACGAGAUGACCAGUGACGGACCUAUGCCGUCGCGUGCACGAUCCACCACAAUCGCCCUUCUGGUCGUCCAGAGGUAGACAGGACUCGUACGUGAAACGGGAGAAACUUGGGAAAAGAAAGUUCCCCAGCCCGUGGAUAUUCGGUCCGGGGCAGUGAUCUCCGGGCGGUGGUCACGUGUGCUGCGCCGGUGAAAACCGUGUGAGAGCGUCGGACUCUCGAAAAGGAGACUUUCGCGGUCCCGUCCGAAAGUAGCGUGAGCGCAGCCUGUGUCCAUCUAGGCGUGCACACGAGUUGAGACCCUUUUAAAUAAAGGUGUCCAUAGGAUACCGUUGGUGAUCUGGUGAAAAGUAUCUCGAAGUAUCUUGGAUCGAGGGUGGUCUCGGUGACUGUAUCCCGCGCGUAAGGUGUCUUGGAGGAUCGGUGCUCCUGGUGACUCGUUAAAAGUAUCUCGAAAAUUGGAGCGGUGCUCCCGGUGAUUGGGUUGGUUGUCGGUGAUCGGCUGAAGGAUAUCCUGGAGGACGAUGACGACGGUAACGAGGGUCGCGCGGGGUAAUUGGAGGACGAUCAACUCGAGAGGACUCGAUUAAACGUCGUCUAGGUUAAAGUUUCGCGGUCAGGAGCCGCCCAGAGCCGUCGCCGGCGACCGACCGGCUCGGUCCCGUCGUCGCGACGGUCGUUCGGGUGACAGUGUGCCACAGUGAGUGCGGUUGGUGCGAGGUUCACGUUCCUCGAGAAUCGCGCGUAGCCUGCCGACGGCUCGCGUUCCCUCGGCGGGUCCGUCGGUUUCAGACGGUGUGUCCUUCUUUCCAGGACCUCUUUGAGACCUUCCGGAUCUAAUCGCCCGUCUCCAAAGGUUCUAGCUGCUACAGCUAGAGUUAUCAGAGGAGUAAACAGGAGUAAUCUUUUCUGGGACCUUCGGUCGGUGGAUUUUAUCGCGCGUGCGAGACUCGUCUGCCGACGGCUAACGUAGCUUUGGAAUUCUUUCUUCCUGGAUCUCGACGUCCACGACCUAGCGAAUUUACCGUGUCGUCUAGACUCCAGCAGUACCCGAUCGGGAAAACACUCACCAGUCACAGCGUCUGUGGUUUUCCAAUUACCGCGGGUAGCCGCGAGAAGGCAGAUCCGACGGGCAGCGUAACCCAAGCAAACGAGGGAGUAAUCCUUCCUACAAGGACCCCGACGUCUGGCACCGGUGACCUUCCCGCGACCUACUGGAUUUUAUCGCAAUCCCCGGGACUCUAGCUCCCGAACCACUCGAGCUAGCCUUUGUGGCUUAUCCAAUUAUCGGGUUAUCGCCGAAAAGGCAUUGCGGAAUUGGACGACGGGAACGUCGACCGACGGCCAAGUCCGUAACCGUUCGCCUAACCGAGGAGGAAUAAUCGUCGAGGAUGCAGGUGGCAACGCUGUUUAGGGAGAGCGCCACCCUGCUGGGUGCCUCUAGCCUGGACCCCCCGCAGACCCACCAUCACCAGGCCAUGCAGCAACUUCAGCAACAACAGCAGCUUCAGCAACACCCCGCCGACCUCCAUUUGACCCAUCACAUGCAGAAUCACUACAAAAUGUCGUACCCGUCACCUGUGCAAAACGGAAGAUCGAAUGGGACCAUGAAUUGCUCCGGCUCUCAAGGGGUGAUGGUGAAGCAGGAAACGCGGGAUGACGGAUACGAGACAAGUCCUGAUCGCGAGAUGAGGAGCACCGGUGGUGACAGCAGUCAGCAGUACCACACGCCGCUGACACCGCACACACCGCACACACCACACACGCCGCACACGCCCCUCACGCCGAUAUCGGCGACAGCGCAUCAACCCCAACAACCUGGCUCGACCGCUUCCACCCUCGGACAGGUGUGCGAUGAUUAUUCGCAGGUGGCGAUCAAGUGCGAGACCCCGGUGGACCCGUACUCGUUCGUCGACGAGGAGAUGUCGAUGGGCGGUAUGAGGACGGCCAGCAGUCCUGGUGGCAACCCCGAGAACAUGACGUGUCCUGGAGGUCAAACAUCCCUUGCUACGCCUACGUCGACGCCGCCGGGUCCGAUGUCCGGACCGCAACAUCUUCAGAUGAACCUUGGCGUGAUGAACGGCAACGUCAACCCCCAACUGGCCGCCCAUCAGCCGAAGAAGCGAGGCCGCAAGAGAAAAUCCGAAAUGAUUCUCACCCGAGAAGAGGCGGAACUCGCCGAGGCCAAGAAGCGGGCAAAGACGUACAAAGAGAGGAAGAAGCACGACAGAUUCGACGGAAUGCCGGAGGAGGAAGUCAGCAAGCGGGUUCUGCCGGACCAUCUCACCAGCAACCUCGACAUCAUCAUAAUUGGAAUCAAUCCCGGACUCUUCGCAGCUUACAAGGGCCACCACUACGCAGGACCAGGGAACCACUUCUGGAAGUGUUUACACCUGAGCGGGCUGACACCCGAACAAUUGACGGCGGAUGACGAUUACAAGCUGUUGCGCUUCGGGAUCGGUUUCACAAAUAUGGUGGCUCGCGCCACCAAAGGCAGCGCCGAUCUCACGAGGAAAGAAAUAAAAGAAGGUAGUCACAUUCUGUUAGAGAAAUUACGGAAAUACAAGCCCAAGAUCGCGGUUUUCAACGGAAAACUCAUCUACGAAGUAUUCUCGGGGAAGAAGGAGUUUGGCUUCGGAAGACAACCCAAUCUGGUGGAGGGCACCAACACGUACAUGUGGGUGAUGCCAUCGAGCAGCGCGAGAUGCGCGCAGCUGCCUCGCGCGGCGGACAAGGUGCCAUAUUACGCGGCGCUGAAGAAAUUCCGCGACUUUUUGAACGGGACGAUCACGCAUCUGGACGAGUCCGACGUGGUGUUCGCGGACACCAAGCUCAAGAAAAAGGACCACGAGGCGAUCGAGGACAAGAAGCCCGGCUACUGCGACGAUCUGACGAACGAGGGGGACAGCAGGAUCACCGACAUUAACGGAACGAUCGUGAAACAGGAGCCCAACUCCCAGAUACCUGGAAAGAAGAAGAGGGGCAGACCUAAGAAGAUAAAGAAUCCCGAAGAUCAACCGCCGCCGGAUCCCGAGAAACUGGACGCGAACGGGGAGGUGAUAAAGAAGCGCCGCGGCCGUCCCAAGAAAAUCCACCAGCAGCAGAAACAACAGGAAAGGGAGAUAAGGGAACGGGAACAGCAACAGCAACAGCAGCAACACCAGAGUAUGGGUCACCUAGACGGCUACGGUGGGGUGGUUCCAAAUUGUUUCUCGCCACCUAAGACGUUCGCUCACAUGGCCCCGUAUCCUCAACCGAUGAACGACUCGGGCUACUACGGGCAGGGUAUGAACGACAGCCCCUACAGCAUGAACGCGAAGCAGAGCCCCGUACACUUACAGCACUACAGCCAAAGCCCGAAAUCCAUGUCGCUCUCGUUCACUCAUUCCGACCUCUCGUCGGAGAUCAACACCGCGAUCUCUUCCGAGAACAACUUGGAGCCAUCGCCGUUGACUUCGCCCAGCGUCGAGCACCCAGACUUCGAGCCUCCGACGAGCAUCUCCCAACAGAACAUGAACAACGAUCAUCGUCAGUACAAUCCAGCUGGCAACGGCGAGAACGGCCACCACGGUAGCCCCGGAACCCCGUCUCAUCCGGGUUACCCGAGUUACAUGGGCUACCACGAGCAAACCCCCGAUCCCCACAACCCUCAUCCCCAUCAAACCACCCCAACGCCGUUGAGCCAAGCAACCGACGACCACUCUCACCACUCCCAUCCGACUCCUCCGCACACGCAUCCUCACACGCCCACCCACUCCUCCAUGUCCCCUCACCAUCCCCACGAGCAGUACGGCAUAAAGAGGAACCAAGACGUGGCGUCGAAGAGUCUCAGCGACCUGGAAUCUCUAGUCGACCAGAUACCCAGCAUAGCCGACGGUGGCAACCAACGUCUCCAACACUCCCAUCCCGGUAUGAACGACGACGGAUCGCUCGCGGAAAAGAUGGAGGCGCACCAUCAAUCUUAUCUCUCCGGUUUCACCGGCAUGUCCAACGCGGGAAUGUCCAAUUACAGCCCGCCACUGGGACCAGGGGGCACGAUCUAUCCGAGCUCGUUGCACAACUCGCCCAACGACGGCUACGGCUCCCUGUACACCAUGAACGGCCGUCAGCACCAGGACUCGCAGCAACAGCACCAACAGCAACACCAACAGCAACAGCAACAGCAACAACAGCAGCAGCAGCACAGCAAGUCUUACACGGUGGAGAAUCUCGCGUCUAGCAAUUACACGCCCAGCAUGAGCCACGGGCACCCCGGUAACUCGUAUCCAAACAUAAUACCGGGGCCCCAUUACCCCGUGCCGAUGGGAUCGACGAACGGGUACAUUUUCGGCGGCCUCGAGCCCAGCCUGAUGCAACGCACCUACGGGAUGGGCGGUAUGAGCGGCAUGGGAGGAAUGCAUCCAUCCCUCGGUCACAUGGCCAAUCCUUAUCCCUACAACGGUUCGUACUCUAGUUCCUUCGAUGCCUAUCCGGCACCGCCAGCAGGGAUUCACGCGCCCAGCGCGAAUUAUCCGGGUGGUUACACCAGUGUUGGCAGCGCCACGCCGGGCACUUCUACGCCGCCGUCUUACCUUCCGUCUCACCACAGGCCGCCGGUCGACCUUGCUUACGACGGUGUAUGAUAAUCGAUGUAAAGCUAUUCGACACGAUAGCGAUUCGAGCGCUAUGUUUAUCUUUUCUACGUAUUUUUACACGUUUAGGAUCCGUCGCCGGAAUAAUCGUCUAAUGAAAACGCUUCUCGUUGCGGACGCUUUCUGGCACGACUUUGCUACUGCGAUUCGCGAACUGCGCGCGUUUCCCGCCAUACCCUACGUCUCUCGCGGGCCAACGGCCCGGUUCGUCGACUUUCGAUUUUAACCUGCCUGGGCGGGACGGAAAAUCGCUGGCGAUUUGUGGAAAAUUUGUGGAGUCUCGAAUGUAAGAGUGGAUAGCUUCAGAGAUGUAAGUCUUUGGUACUCGUGGAGAACGCUUCGGGCUGCUUGAGGUUUCUUGAGAAUUGUAUUUUGGGGGAGUGUACGAAGUGCAGGGAUAGUGAAAAAUCAAAAAUAGAUAUUCUUGGAUGUAGAGUUGCAAGCGUUGAGGGAUUUUAUUAAAUUCAGCAAAGUCUGCUGUAAGAGUCUUUACCUAGAGCUCUAAAGUCUUACUCUUAAGUUUUCUCAACUCUCAUCCGUUUUAAUUUCAAUACAAUCUCAGUAACAUUACUAAAAACUUAGUCAUAAAGUAAUCCAUCUUCGAGGGGCAGAAUACAAUGUAUCAGAACAUUUUCCAAUUUAAUUUGGAUCUUGCCGCAUCUCUAAAGCUAUCGACCAGCCGCAACUGACAUUUCACAUCCAGCACCAGAUACCAGCGCCCUAUCAUUCCGCGGAGGUAGGUUAAAAUCGUGGAGGAAGACGGGUUUGCGUCCUUCCCUCGUCAAUCUCUUUAGCCUAUAUAGUUCACUAUCUCCGCGUCAACUCUUCUCGUUCUCUACCUCUCUAUUUCGUCGCGUUUCUCGUUGGUUUGUUUCUUGUCACUUCGCUCGAACCUCCUACCAGAUCCCUUCCUCUCUGUCGCUCAGGAUCAACGAUUGCGCCGCGAGUAGUCACACGGACGCGCGGCUCGGUACCGUGGAUAAUGCCACCGAAAACGCGCGGUUUUUCAUAAAAGUAAAAGAAACUAAAGGCUCUCCGCGAAAACGUUUUCAACCGACACCGUGGAACUGCUGUGCUUGCUAGACACUAUCGAUCUCUUUCUCGAGUUGAUCGCGGAUCAUCGACAACGACGAAGACGGCUAGUGAUGGGACUGAGACGUGAUUUCUAAGCCAUCGAUGCAUUUACGUUUGAAACUGACACUAUUGUGUCAAAUCACUCAAAGGAAUAUCUUCGAACUAGAGACUUGUGGACGCCAUGGAUGUAACAAUCUUUUGGAGCAAUAAUUUACACGAUUAUGGUUCAUACGACUGUUUAGAGGAUAAUUGUAGAGCGUGCGGGGUACUUGGAUUAAUCGCUGUCGGCCAUCUUGAAACAGGAUGUUGUUGCCUUAGGAUUGUUGUUGCAACUCAUCGUAGAACGAAUCGUUACUUCCAUGGCUCCCAUUAUAGGGGCCGCAGACGUAAUGACUUUUUGAUACGAUUGUCAUUGACGCAACUCUUUGAAAAUGUCAUCUCGAUCGUACAGUGCUCGAGGUUGUCGCGUAAUCCGCCCUGUAACGCGGCCAUGUUGGAUCCCAAUGCGGCGCAGCUGUACAACCGAUGUUCAAUCAAUCGUUAAGUAUGCGACCCUUAUUAUCGAGACACUCGACUAUAGAUACCCAUCGCUUGCAACAAGUUUGAUACCUUUUAAUCGCGUUCACGACUGUCAAAAACGUUCAUCGAAUUUAGUGAUAUUUGUUCUGAAAUUAUGAUUUAAAGAUGAAAUAAUAUGAUGAAAUUACAUCUUUCAGAAAUCAAUUAACUUUGAAUAUAUAAUUGAAUAUAUUUACAAUAUUUGCAACUGAUAGUAGAUUGUCUACAUCGUCGUCUUGUUAAAAGGUCUCAAUACUUGACGUACGAACGGUGUCGACGCAAGAAAUACUAGGAACAAGUACACCUUACUGAUUCCAACGAUAACUCGUUUCAACAGCCGUUUCCGACCUCGAAUGGGAAUUGGCGCGCAGGUAAAUCAACGAGUAGGUCAUUGGAUUGGUCCCAUUACUAAAGACGGCGCUCAAGUUUCGUUCUCUUCUUCGCUACGUUCUCCUUUCCGUUUCCGGGCGGUUUCGCGGCGUUACUGUUAUCCUUUUCGUUAUUGUUGAAAGGUACUCCGAUCGUUUCGCUUGACUGGUCGAGUAAGUGCAAUCUGUUGUCGCGUGAACGGUGGUAGUUUAUCGAGGAGAACCGCCGCGGCACUUUGUCGAACCGUAACUUGUUGGAACACCAAAAGCUUUUCACGAGCAUAUUAUAUCGAUUGUUAUCUUAUUUUUGUUUCGUCUUCUCGUCUUUUCUGUUAUCGUGUGGGGAGAAAUUAUUUCGUUAAUUUUGUUCGUACGCGACGAGCACGCGUACGCACGUUAUAUUAGCUGGUUAGCUGAUGUUGACGAGUGAGAUCGCUGACGAACGGUUACAAUGAACCGGUAGUACUUAUAUUCGGGCGUUGUUUCGAGCGUUUCUUUAUUUCUUUUUUUUUUUACAAGCCAACGGACAAGAAAAAAAUAUAUCCGAAUUAAUGGAACAUACAUGGUGCACGUACGUUAUUGUAAUUUCCUUAACAUCGACCAGAAGUAAACCUAAUUAUUACGAGACACACAUACAUACAUACACAAACAUCUUUUCAACGAUAAAGACGAAAGAAAACCAAGGCAUUCCGAGAGAUUUGGAAAUAUUUUCAGUUCCUGGUGUAAACAAAUGCGAUUUCGUAGAAAUGGGCAAAACCGAUGCAUCCGUAUUUGCGUACAACACAUGCGUUGCAGGAAAAUAUAUUAAUUACAUCAAAGCAAUAACGCGGAUACACGCGCGAUGUACGCACGGUUGAUCGCCAAGCUGUACAUGUUUAAUGCGAAUCUAGUCAAUUCGAUUCGUUGAAUCGUAGCACCGUUUAAACUGCGCGACAAGCCGAGAGUAAUUUUGCGUGCGGAUGAAUUCGGGUAUGACGACGAUAAGUAGAACAAAACUAAACGAAAGGACAAAAACAAAAAAGAGAAAUGAAGAAUAUUAAUAGAAAAAAACGACCAAGAAACAUCGAAUUACGCGCGAUCCCGCGAUCGGAGGGAGUAGAUGGACCCCAGACAAAAUUACGGGUAAAACGACAAUUAUUAUUGUGAUUCAUCGUUUUUAAUUGUAAUCGUUGCAAUAAACGUAGAGAAGAGAUCUCCUCGUUCGAAGAGAUUGUAUAGAUAGAGUAGGCAAGGCGAGAAAGUGUAACGCGAAUGGUAGGAGAAAAAAGAUUGAGUGCAUGGUUAUCCUUCUUUGAUAAUGCACGCGAAGUUACGUUAUGAAAUUUUGGUUGGAGAGAAUACGAAUCGGAGAGCGAGUGAGUUUUAUUUAAAAAGGUGCGAAGACAUAUAUCUUGACUAAAACAUCUAAUGUACCAGUCUUUUGUUUGUUCGUUCUUUAUAUUCUUUGAUUUACAUUAUUACUGCAUCUUACAUCUACAUUUACAGAGGCUCCUAUGACUCCUCUAUUCUAUCUAUAGAAUCUCUUUGGUUUCGCACGUGGAGAUCAUCCGUGGUGGGAUCGUACGCGCGAAACGCUUCACCGUUAAUCGAUCACUUGCGUUCCAUCGAUUUCAAAUGAAACGAAAACAACGAACGACGAUAAUUCGUCGUCGUCGGCCGAAUCUGAAUCUCCUAGUCCCGUUUGUCAUUUUCUACCGAACCAUGAACCGACGAACCGUGAAAAAAAGUAAACGAUUUUAAACGUUGUGCGCACGCACGAUCGACGAAUUGUGUAUGUUUGCGGUCUGUACCGAGUCUAUCGGCUGUUCAGGGGCCACGGACGUGACCAUUUCUCGUGUAAUGAUUCGUAGUGAACAACUAUCGUCGAUACGACCGUUUGAACAACGAUUGGAAAGUAUUGCAUUUGUACCAGGGCGGGGUUGUUGUUGUAGGGCGUGGCUGUUGUUACAACCGAAUGUGUGGUGACUGUUUCAAUGAUUUUCAAGCUUGGAUUUGUAAUAAUUUUUGAUGCUUUGUGUACGAAAUUUGAUCAAGAUCUAGUUACGUGAUUAUUCUUAUGGUCAAGUGCGCUGUUAUUCGGUGAGAUGUGUUACAAGAUUAUGUAUUACAACUUGUUUAUAUUCCCUAAUGUAAAAUGUAUUCCAGCCAUGUUUAUUAUGCGUCGGUACCCACGAUGGUAUUUCUUUUUUCGAUAAGAAAUCGUUGUGUCGCUAAUAAAAAUCAAUGGGUCCAACUGUUGAGUGAUUCGAUGCUAAUAGACGAAUCAACGCAGAGAAUCCAAAAGGAUCACUCAACAGUCGCACAACCGAAUGCACCCAACAUGAAACAACGUUAGA